AAUUGUUGUUGAUUAUAGCGAUAGAGUGUAAAAGGUGCUUGGAACGGUAAAGUAAGAUGUCGAUUCCUUGUAAUGUGUGCUUUUUAGAAACUAGCGAAAACAGUGUUCGUACUUGGUGUUGUGCUGGAGUGAUAUGUACCGCGUGUUUGGAAGCACACGUUCAAUCGAAAAUUGAAGAUGCUAUCGUAAAGAUCUUGUGUCCGCUUGGAAACUGUGACACUGUUAUGAGUGACGAAGAGGUACAACAACUUGUGUCCGACCGACUGUUCGAGAGAUACCAGCAAUUUAAGGUGGAAAUCGAACAGAAUCCUUUGAUCAAAACUUGCCCAGGGUGUUCGCGAAUUCAUCAUCACCCGGAGCAAUCAAAUUCAACUACGGCGGACAAGGAAAAAGAUGGUUCUAGGCCGGAUAAUUUGAAGGUUACUUGCGUGAAAUGCCAGUUGGUUUGGUGUUUCGCCUGUCAAGCACCGUGGCAUUACGGCUUAACCUGCAAAGACUUCUGUAAAGGAGAUAAAUCAUUGAAGAUUUGGGCCAAAAACCGCGGGCAACCCGCUCGCAAUGCCUGUCGCUGUCCUAAGUGUGGUGUUUUUAUUCAAAAAUCCAGCGGAUGUGACCACAUGUCUUGCACCAGGUGCGAUUUUUAAAAUUCUUUGUUUAUGCAUUACGAAGACGUAUACUGUAUCUUUCCAUAAGAAGCAAUGUAGAUCAUUUCUCGCUUCUGUCACUAUUUCUUGGCGCGCGUUUUCCUUGAAAGUCUUUCGCACACGCGAUCGACAACACCAUUAAUAUUUGCGGAAACCGGGAAGAAAGGAUCGGAUUACAAGUAAACUUUCUUUCUCUCAAAAAAUUAUAAUAUUAAAACGUAGACAAAUAUUGGUUAAAUUUUGGAUUAAGUCGCAUUGAGUAAUGUGUCUCGCUUGCAAUAAGUCCCCUGCAGUAUAAAGUAAAAGUAAAAUAUAUAUAUUGGUAAUUUGAUUAAUAUUUUAUAGCUAAGAAUAAUCAACCUGUGGUAUCUCCUAUCAUGAUAAUAUCUAUGACAUAUCAAUGCCAGGUAUUUAGUUACCAUAGAACACUUUGAAAACUUCUCAGCAACAUAAAACAGUGAAUUUUGGCCAAGAACGUGGACAAAUAGGUUGGAAUAAUGAGGGACAGCUAAACAAGUGUGUUUUCGUUUUUCUUUCUUUUCUUCUUCUUUUCUUUUUUUGGAUUGACUGAUUGACUGACUGCUUGGUAGAGGUGUCUAGAUACAUUUGGAUAAACCGCGGCAGCUGUCUGGUGUCCAAUAUAACUUUUCUAAAAAAAUAAUGUCAUUAAUAAAUUAAAAGAAUGUAUUAAAAUAACAGAAAGGAUCAGACACUUGCUACUAAUUUUAUAUUUCUUCCCUAUCAAAAAAUUGAAAAAAUUACAAUCAAACCCCAUUAAAUAUGGACACUGGGGGUCGGGGGGCAUAGAAAGUGUCCAUACUAAUGGGGUGUCAGUUUUAGGCAGGUUGAAGUCGCAGUCUCCCUAUACCUAAAAAUGUUUGUUGUUUCUUUUUUUUAAAUUUAUCAUGAGAAGGAUUUUUUUCUUAGUCGCAAGUAAAGUGAACUUUAUUUUCCUUUUUGUAUUAAGUGGGUGUCCAUAAAGCAGGAUUUGACUUUAAUUAAAAUUUAAAUAUCAUUUAUUGAUAAAUAUUUUAAAACCUAGAUAAGUAUUUGUCAAUCUUGGAAAUUAAGUUAGAGAGUAGAAGUUAGAAAUAUCAUUAAUUAUUUGAUAAAUAUUUUAUAGCCUAGAAUAAUCAGCCUCUGCUAUUCCUUAUAACAUCAUAAUGACAUAUCAAUACCAUAUGUUUUGGCACCAUAGCACUUUUUGAAAAAAUUUCAGCAACACAAAAAGUGAAUUUUGUCCAAUAGUGUAAGAAAAUGGGUUGGAAAACAAGGCACUGGAAAUGGUUUUUUGUAUUUUUUGUGACUGACUGGCUGAUGACAGAAACAAGAAAAUAAAAACUAAGCAACAGAUUUUAUUAGAAGGCAAAACAAAAACUCUGAAUGUGCAGCAGACUUUUUGACAGACUUCUUUGUUGUUAUCGCAUGACUAACGUUGUCCAACUUGAUUGGAAUGGGAAUGUGAUUGUCACUUUUAUUUUUAAGAUCCAUUUUCAUCAAUAGCAAUUUUCGUGACUUUGUCAGAAAAGCCCAUAAAGUCUCAGUUUUUUCUCUUUGUUUGAAUUAUAAUGAAUGUGAAAAGCCAUGUUCAAUGAAUUGCUGUUUUUACAGGUGUCACACAGAAUUCUGCUAUAGAUGUGGCAGCAAGUAUCAUCAUGUCAAAUUCCUGGGAAACCACUAUGAUCGCUUCAGCAUUUUGGGCUGCAAAUACAACUUUAAACCUGACAAACCAGUUCAACGGAUUGCAGUGCGUGGUGCCCUUUUUAGUGGACAGGUAAUGCUUGUCCCUGUUGUAGCUGGUUUGGUGUUCAGCGCUGGGUGUGUCAUAGUGGGAGCAGGUGUUGUUGCAGCUCCAUUUUAUGGAUCCUAUGUUUUAAUAAAGAGACAGAAAGCUAGGAGCAAACAAGCAUAUCAAACAAGAAAUAAGUAG